AUUUUCAAUUGCGCAGGAUUGUCGUUCAAUUUUGUAUUUUACCCAUGGAAAUUUGAGAAAUUUUAAUCGAAACGUGCGCGAUGAGGGUGAGCAAAAUUUCGAGCUAUGUUCGGUUCAUCAACGACGUUUCGCAGCGACGGCAGCCAUCUGCAAUCCGAGAGAUCACGGGAAUGUUGCCGUCGUUGUCGAAGGAUUGCAUCGUUUUAGCUGGUGGAAUGCCCAAUGGUGACGCAUUUCCACUCCUCAGUGCCCAGUUCCGUUUACGCGACGGUUCUGUGAUUGACGUGGAUGAAGCCGAGAUGAAAAUCGGAUUGCAAUAUUCGCCAACUGAUGGGUACCCUCCGCUAAUGGCAAAGAUGAAAGAAUUCAUAAGUCGUUACCAUUUGCACGGAAGCGAUGCUGAGAAAUCGGACAUUAAGCUCAGGCAUAUCAUGACACCGGGUUCCCAAGAUGCCCUGUCGAAAUUGCUGGAAGCAACAAUUGCUCCAGGUGACUUCAUAAUUUCGGAGAAACACGUAUACACUGGCGUCGUCUCAGCUGCAGAACCUUGGCAGCCCAAUUUUUUACUCGUGGAUUCCGACGGUGAUGGGAUGAAACCAGAAGCGCUUAGAGAAGCUUUGUCGUCUUGGGACCCAUCAGAAUGUCGGAAAGCGGAUUCCGGCGUUCCAAAGAUUUUGUACACUUGUCCAUCGGGUGGAAAUCCAACCGGUACGUCGUUGACUUUGGCGAGGAAGAAAGAGAUUUAUGGAAUCGCGCAAGAGUACAACUUGCUGAUAAUUGAAGACGAUCCGUAUUAUUUCCUACAAUUUUCCGACGUUCUACCGCCAAGUUUCUUGAGUCUGGAUACAGAUGGCAGAGUUGUUCGCUUGGACAGCUUUAGCAAAAUACUUGCCGCUGGCAUGCGAUUGGGAUGCCUAUCGGGUCCUCCUGAAAUAGUUGAGAGGAUUGCCUUGCAUCAGCAAGUCAGCAUCAUGCAUGUCCCCACACUACUUCAAAUAGUUUUCCUAAAGCUUCUGGACGGAUGGGGUUGGGACGGAUUCAAUCGACAUGUGGAAUCUGUGAAAGAAUUGUACCAGACGCGGUGUAACUUGGCUCUUGAUGCUUGUAAAAAGCAUUUGUCUGGUUUGGCAGAGUGGUAUAAGCCCGGGGGAGGCAUGUUUCUAUGGCUCAAGGUCAAGAAUGUUACAGACACCAGAAGUUUGGUUAUGGUCGAUGGUGUUGCCAAAGGCGUUCUCUGUGUACCUGGGGAGCCAUUCCAACCAGCUGCCACUAGAAAACCUACUCCAUAUGUCCGAGUAUCCUACUCCAGUGCAUCACCGGAAAUGAUUGAUGAAGGUUUGCGACGGUUGGCGGAGGUUAUCAAGGAGCGCCAUCAGAAGAAUAAUUCCGUGAACUGAUUUGUUUUACCCUUAUUGUUUUCAACGUCUGACUUUCCAUCCCGUUGUGACUAAUACAAUACUUCAGUUUCAAAACGCCCGACUUCUGUUUAAAAAAGACGGACUUAGACUUUCAACGAUGAUUUGAAUUGGGUUUAUGAAUUUUCUUCGAUUGACCGUUUAGUGAAUCCUCGCCAAUGGAGCUUGUUCAGAAUUUUAUUUUUCACGAAAAAAGCAAUUGAUGAAAUUAUUGGAAUAAAAGCGCACAUGGAAAACGGAAAUAGAGGACAUACAGAAACGAGGGAAAAAGCGGAAUUAUUUAGAAACAAAAACGAAGAGGA